GCACACAGCCUAUUAAGGUGCGUUCACUGACUCUGUUUACUUUACACCACCUUCAAGAAAUAUAUCUUAUCAUAUAUAUAUAGAUAUAUAUACAUUUUCUGACUUUUGUUAGCUGUAUUUGGGACAUUUUUGUUAUUUUUAUUACCAAGAAGAAAGAAAGAAAAAAAAAGGACCUAAGGGAGUUGUUGCGCUUCCAGAAAAUAAACCGCUCAGACAUUUGUGAACAACAUGACUUCAACUUGGGGGUUUUGUUCCGUCUUGUGCGUCGCCAUAAUCCGGUUGUCUCACGGGGAAACAGGUCAUCUUCCCCCACCGACAGAGCUGACAUAUACAUGGCUCGAUUCCCUCACUGUGAACGUGUCGUGGAAGGAGCCCGUUCUGCCAGACGGUUGUGAGAUCGACCACUAUGAAGUCAAAGUACAGGACACAGAAGAAAUAAAAGUACAAGGAUUUCCUGAAUGGACAGGUGAAACACAUUUCCAUGGAGAUUUGCUCACGGAGAAGUCUGAGUCUGCUCAGUGGAUAAGCAGUGUCCGUGCUUUUGGACGUCAGUCCUGCAAAGACUUGAAAAGCACAACAGUGACCAAACCUAUCAAAACCAAGAAGCCUAAAGCUAAAGUGGUGGAAGACUUCAAAUGUUACAUCAACAAGUCCCACCUGGAGUGUUCCUGGAAAGCAGUAAACCCAUCGCAAGAACUGUCGCUCUCCUUUAGACUAUGUGGUCAGCAUAAGGCGCCCAUAAACGAGUGUGAUCGGAUUUACACCAGUGGAGAGAGGACUGUUUGUCACAUAAAAAACAAAAAAGAGAAAUUCGUCCAAGAAGACAUCUGUAUGAUCGCAACUACUGACACUGGAUUAAGCACCUUUAUGAUUAAAUAUGUAUUGCCUUCUCCUAAGAUGAGUAUCUCAGAAGAUGGAUCUAACCUCCUGUUAAAAAUUGAGGAAAGUGAAGUUGCACCAGCACAUUGUUGGAGAUACAAUGUCUGCUACACAGAAUGCAAUACACACAAACCAUGCCAGGAGUCCUCAGAGAACGUUAUAAAGGUGCCAUACGAUAACCACUGCCGCUAUGAGUUCAGAUAUGAAGUCAGAAGUGAUCGAAGUUGUGUAGAAAUGAGAAGUGACUGGAGUGAUGUAGUGACAUAUGGUGACAGUAAUCCUGACAUGAUGAUGACUGUGGUUUUCAUUAUCGUCCCUGUUGUCCUGUCGGCCUGCGUCAUUCUGUCCUGCUACUGCUUCAGGAGGCACAGUCAUAUUAUUUGUCCGACCAUACCCGAUCCUUCAGCGAUAUUCAAGGAAAUGAUGAUGAUGAAUGGAAACAAAGAUGUUAAGCCUAUAACUAGCAUGCUGUAUUCUCCUGAAGAAGAGGAACAGUGUAAAAUUACACUUGUAGCUGAAGACAGUGAUCUUCACCAGAACUCCUGACAUGGACAGAGCUGUGGACUGUGGGCCAGACACAGAAACUUUAAGGAAACAGUGCUGAAAAGCUUAGUUUCACUGCCCUUUUACUGUGGGAAGUCUAAACUCUGGGGCACAGUGGACUCUGUUGGACUGUACUGACUUGACAACAGCACUGGAGGUCGACCAAAAUGAAAUAUUCAGCUGCUGUUGAGUUACUCACUUGCUCAGAUAUGCAUUGUUAUCGCUUGUUGAGGGGAGGGUCAGGAAAUCCCCGUGUCCUGCUGGGCUCUCAAGGACCAGGAAGGCGCUGUGUGUGGCUGUUGGAAAGAAGAAAACAGCUGUAAAUCUGCUGUACAAAGACUUUACAGAAACAAAUAUAUAUAAUAUAUAUAUGUAUGAAGUGUGAAAAGAAGGAACUCAGAGAUGUUCCUCGCCUCGGUACAGCUCUGUUUGUUGGACUGAUAAACACAUACCAGAAAGACUGCUCUGGUGGCAGCUAAAUAUAAUAAAACAGAAACAAUAAGAGGUGAUAAAGGGCAUGCUACGCUUAGAGGAGGUGGAGCUUCUGCAUCUCUAACUCCUGCUUAUUCUUACCAUCCCAGUAAGGAAAAGUUUUUGUCUGUAGUGGUUUGCGUAGACAUAAAUACUACCUCGACAGAAGCUACUGAAUGGGAUGUCAGGGUACUGAAAGAAACAUUAUCUUUUAUGUUAAAUGCCAUGAAGAAGCACUUUGGAUGUUCGGACUUGGAGCUGAUCCUCCCUUUCACUUCAUUUUUGCUCUUUUUUCCCUGUUACUAAUGCAUGUCAAAAAAGGAAAUCCAUUGUGUUGAUGUUGAGAAAAUAUAUCAAACUGCAUGAGAGACGUUGAUCACAUAAAGUCUUGCACAUUUUGGAUGGAAAUAACAGGUAUUCUAAAUCUAAAUCUAACCUUUGUAAUAAGAGAUGUUUGCAAGCUCUUUAUCCAACUUGCAGACAUGAAAAGUGAAAUUGUUAACCACUCAGCAAACAUUAAACUGAUUACAACAUGUUGUGUCUUCUGGCUGCUACACACUUUGCUGCUAAAACAUGAGGAUUU